AUGCCAUCAGACGAUAUCACAAUCCAAUAUUUGAAGAUUAUGGCAGCAACAAUUCUGUUGACUUCAUCAAUCAUCAACUCGAUUUUAGGAAUCGUUGGUCUAACAUUCAAUAUCUUUGUUUUUACUCGGCCAUCUCUACGCUGUCAGCCGUGUUCAUUCUAUUUUUUAUCUUCAACAUUCUUCAAUUUCUUUGUUAUACUAAUCAUCAUUCCAACACGUAUUCUUUCGAAUAUUUACGAUAUUGAUCCAACUAAUUACAACGACAAAUACUGUAAGAUCGAAAGAUAUCUGUUUUAUUCUACUCGUACGAUACCUUGUUGGCUGAUUGCCUUAGCAACAAUCGAUCGUUAUCUACAUAGUUCGUUGAAUUCAUCAUUCCGUGAAAUGAGUUCGUUGAAAAUAGCAAAAUUAGCAACUGGAUGCACGAGCUUGUUUAUUUUCAUUGUUUAUAGCCACAUGAUCGUUUACUACGGAAUUCAUGAUAGAAUAGACCGAUUUGGUCAAAUUUCAUCUCAGUGUAGUGGUUCGCCAGGCAUUUACAGCACAUUUCUGAGUAUCUGGCAGAUGUUAUUCUACUCAGUUAUUCCAUCAUCUACCAUGCUUGUUUUCGGCUCUCUGACAAUAAAAAAUGUUCGCGAACGAUGCCAAACUAUUCCGAGAGCUACGGAAAAGAAUCGAUACAGCAGACGAACAGAUUUUCAACUGCUACGCAUGUUAACAGUUCAAGUAUUAGUGAUCAUUGUAUGUACUUUACCAGUAUCGAUAUAUCGAGCAUAUAUGGCAAUAACGAUAAAUGACAUGAAAAAUGAACUACGACUUGCGCAAGAAGAAUUAGCUUCUCAAAUUGUACUUUCGCUAACCUAUUUUGCACAUUCAACAAGUUUUUAUAUGUAUACACUUUCCGGUACGAUAUUUCUUCAGACACUGUUGACCAUAUCAUCAACAUCCUCAUCGUCAACUACAUCGUCAUCAACAACAACAUCGUCUGCGUCGUCGUCGUCCACAUCAUCAACAACAACAAGAACAACAAGAACAACAUCAUCAUCAUCAACAACAACAACCACCUCGUCAUCAACAUCAACAGCAACAACAACAACAACAACCACCUCAUCAUCAACAACAACAUCGUCUGCAUCAUCGUCGUCCACAUCAUCAACAACAACAUCGUCUGCGUCAUCGUCGUCCACAUCAUCAACAACAACAUCGUCUGCGUCAUCGUCGUCCACAUCGUCAACAACAACAACAACAAGAACCACCUCGUCAUCAACAUCAACAGCAACAACAACAACAAGAACUACCUCAUCAUCAACUACCUCCUCGUCAUCGACUAAAACAUCAACCUCUUCAUCAUCUUCCACGACAUCAUCAUCAUCAUCAUCAACUUCUUCUUCGUCAUCAACUACAACAUCCUCGUCUUCGUCAUCGUCUACAACAACAGACGUCUGUACCAAUCAGUUGUUCUAUUACUGGAUCAAUUACACAGUAGGUACUGCUCCGAAAUCAGUCGUCAUAGCCGACGUGACCAAAGAUAAUCGUUCCGAUAUCAUUGUCGCAAAUACUGUCUCGAACAAUAUUAGUGUGCUUUUCAAUGUGGUCAAUGGCACAUUCAUUUCUCAAACUAGCUUUGGAGUCACUCAUGUAGCAGCAAUAGCUGUCGGCGACGUGAACAAUGAUAGCCGACCAGAUAUCGUUGCCACAAAUACUGAUAAGGACGUCAAAAUUUUCAUGAAUCUCGGGAACGGCACAUUUGUGUACUCAAAAGGAUAUACUGUUGGCUAUGGCCCGCUCUCUCUCGUGGUUUCUGACGUGAAUGGUGAUCUCAUCCCUGAUAUUGUUGUAACGAAUCAAUGGGGAGCCAGUAUCAAUGUUCUUCUUAAUGACGGUAGCGGCGCGUUCCCUGUCGUGACAAUGUACCCAGUUAAUGCUCAACCAGCUUCAGUUGCAAUUGGCGACAUCGAUAACGAUAAAAGGCCUGAUAUUAUUGUUGCAAAUUCUGGAUCGAGUAGUAUUAGUAUACUUCGCAACGUCGGCAACGGAACAUUUGCUGCUCAAAUAUCUCAGUCAGUUAGUAAUAAUCCAUACUCAAUUGUGGUUGUCGAUAUUAACAAUGACAGCACCUCUGACAUAAUCAUCGCAAAUUACGAUGCGAACAGUAUUACUGUGCUUCUCAAUGCGGGUGCGGGUGCAUUUUCUCAGCAGCUAACUUAUUCGGUUGGGACCCAUCCAUCGGCAAUUGCAGUUAGCGACGUGGACAAAGAUAACCAGCUUGAUAUUAUCGUUGCAAAUCAAGAUACAAAUACUAUUGGCAUUCUGCAAAAUAUGGGCAACGGCACUUUUCACAGUCAAAUAACAUAUUCAGUUGACUCUCAGCCGUCUUCAAUUGCAGUUAGCGACAUUAACAACGACGGAAAAGUGGAUAUUGUCGUUGCAAAUUCUGGUUCGAAUAAUGUUGGCGUUCUAUUACACUGCUAA